GCCGAAGAAGCAACGUGAUCCAACUUAUACAGUAUCAACACCAAUGUAUUCCUCUACCAUUUACCACCGAUUCCACCUCGCUCUUGUGCACGGAAGAAUAAGUACGGCCUUUGCCAGCAGUACUGUGGUGCACUAUUUUUACCCAAACUACUUUUGGGGACGGGGUCGCGGAUGAAUAUUGUGUUAUGAGACCUGGAAAGGUCAGUUUGCCUUGCAGCCAUUGUUGUUUGUCGAAGUGUAACGUACGUGUAUACGACUACUUUGCUCCAGUUUGAGACCAUUUUCAAGACAAUUUGACACUUCAGCGAUGAAUCAGCAUCACAAACCGGAAGAAAUGGGUGAGAGAAGCGGUGAUGUCGCUAUGGACGAUCGUCCAGCUGUACACCCAGAGGACGAGACAAUCAGCAGUGAGAAAUUAGACACGGAAAGGCAGCAGAACGAGGAAGGAAACAUUCCAUGUGAGGAAAAGUGUGGAGUAGAAUCUGACCAUCCUCCCGCACAGGGUCGGACAGAGCAGAAGGACAGACCUGAGGUGAAACGCACUGUGAAUAAACGCUUUGCGUGUACGGAGUGUGGCUAUAGGGCAGCCAAAAAGUCUGUCCUAAUCAAACACACAAGAAAACAUACAGGUGAGAAACCAUAUAAGUGUGACCAGUGCGACUAUUCUGCUGCACAGAAAGUUCAUUUAGACCGACACGUGACUAAACACAAAGGAGAAAAACCCUUCAUGUGUGGGGAGUGCGGGUACAGAACGACUGACAGGUUAAGCCUAUCCGAACAUAUGAGCAGACAUACAGGUGAGAAACCCUACAAAUGCGACCAGUGUGACUAUUCAGCAAUACGGAAAGUUUAUUAGGCCGACAUAUGAUAAACACACUGGGGAAAAACCCUACAUGUGUGGGGAGUGCGGAUACACGGCCGCUGCCAGGUCUAGCCUAUCCAAACAUUUGAGAAGACAUACGGGCGUCAAACCCUACAAGUGCGACCAAUGCGACUAUUCUGCUGGACACAAAGGUAAUUUAAGCCGACACAUGGCUCAACACACUGGCGAAAAACCCUACAUGUGUGGAGAGUGCGGAUACAGGACGGCUGACAGGUCCAACCUAUCUCUACAUAUGAGAACUAAACACGCCGGAGAAAAGCCAUUUGUGUGUGGACAGUGCGAAUACAGAACUGCUAACAGGUCUCACCUAUCCGAACAUAUGAGGAGACAUUCAGGUGAAAAGCCCUAUAAAUGUGACCAGUGCGACUAUUCUGCUUCACACAAAGGUAAUCUAGACAAACACAAGGCUAAACACACCGGCGAAAAACCCUUCAUGUGUGGAGAGUGCGGAUACAGGACGGCUGACAGGUCUCACUUGACCGUACACAUGAGAAAACAUACAGGUGAAAAGCCCUAUAAAUGUGACCAGUGUGACUAUUCUGCUGCACAGAAAUGCAAUUUAGACCAACAUGUAGCUAAACACAAUGGCGGAAUAACCCAACGUUCAGGGAGUGUGGAUAUAUGGACGGCUGGCAGGUAUUCCAUAUCCUUAGAUAUGACAGACAAUUUACAAUAGCACAGUGAUACAUUGUAAAUAGACACAGGAUGGGACACACCAUGGAAACUAUGAAUGUGAUCAGUGUGAAUAUACCCCUGCACAUAAAUCGAUACAUGGCUAAACACACAAGUGUAGAUACGAUCAUAUUACGAUGUGUGACCAUACCGCCACUGUGACCUUAACAAUUUUGUGCGUAUCUACUUUAGACCAACAUAUGGUCCUUUGACAAAGAAUUGAGUUUUUUGAAAACUGACGCUUCACUUUUUUUAACUAGGAACUGUAAAGAAGGGUCUAGUAAAUUAGUUAUCAUUGUC